CAAAAUGAAAACAGAUGGAACAGAGCUGUCUGUUUUGGAUUUGAUUAUAAGUCAGGAUUAAAGGAUAGGAUGUGUGUGUUUCACUGAUCCACUCACAGUUUGUGUUUCUGACUGCUGAGCCGACGGGCCCAGCAGAAGUUCAUCGUGCCGACCAGGACCUCACCUCAUUCCACAGUCUGAUGAAGAAGAACCAAGAUAAAGGCUGAAGGAGCCCAUCACAUGAUGGCCUUCUUUCAGAGGAUGCGCUCUCCUUCACUCUCCUUCUUCCAGACGGUCAUGUCUCUCCUCCUGAACACGGUGGCCCUGAUGUCCUCCUUCUGGUGCGUGGGCAAACAGAAGGUGCCCAAGCCGCUCUGCACGGCCACCAAGCACACCCACUGUAUUCCCGUCCCCGGCGUGUCCAACACCUCCAAUAUCCAGUUCUUCUGGGAGACCGGGGACGACCGCUUCGUCUUCCCCACCUUUCACACGGGUCUGUUCGUCAUUUGUGAGGAGAACAUCUACGCUGACACAUGGGAGGAGAAGUGUCGAGGCUUUUAUACACUGACUCCUGGAGAUGAAAAAGCGAUGAUGUGGUUGUCAUUGUCGAUGGAGCUUGUGUACAUCGGCCUGCUGCUGAUCAGCUGCACUCUGCUCUCUGUGCAGCUCUGCAUCAGAGCCUGGUUCCCCUCCACGCUGCGCUGGGGUCAGAUGCUCAACGCUUUUGCGGCCAUCUUUACAGUCCUGGGAGGACUGCUUGGAAUGGUGGGUCACAUGAUGUUCAUGCAGGUGUUUCAGACCACUGCCUCAAUGGGACCAGAAGACUUUAAACCUCACAGCUAUGGCUACUCCUGGGCUUUCUACGUGGCCUGGCUUGCCUUCACUAUCUGCAUGGCAGCGGGUGUCUCCACCCUCAACAACUACACCAAAAAGGUCCUGAUGGUGGGUCCCAGGCGCACUUCCGACCUCAACCCCUGCAGCUUUAACUUUGUGGGGCUCCUACCACCGGCUCCCUACUACACACCUCCAAACCCGGCCAUCAGCCUGUCCGCUCCGCUGUCCGCCCCAAUCAUCUCCCACCUGUCGCCGUACUACGAGCCCCCAUCAGCUGCCUCACCACCCACCUCCUCGCCGAGGCUCACACACUCUCAGUCUCUUCCUCUCACACUCUCUGACACCUUCCCUCUUCCCCCGUCCCACCCUGCACCUUCAUCCCCAUACCACCGCCUGUCCCUGCCCUCUCCAUCACCCUCGCCUGUACCAUCCCGUUAUGACACAACAGGACACAAGGAUUGUUUUGAUCGGGAAGAGGACUACAGCCCGCUCUGAACUGGAUUUACAUCCUCCAAACUCUUUCAGGUCGGAUCGGCUGUGACCAGGCAAGUCCAGGGCAUUCAACUGGUUCUCCUUUGACCAGUGGAGCAUGUUUAGCAGUGUUUAGGAUUGUUGCCCUGUUGGAAGGUGAACCUCAGUCCCGGUCUCAAAUCUCUGGAAUUCUCAGUUUUUCCUCAAGAAUGUUUUCCACAUUUUGCUCAAACCAUCUUUCCUUCAACUCUGAACAGUUUCCCAGACCCUUCCGAUGGAAAACCUUACCCCAGAUCAACAUAGCCACGACUGUGCUUCCUGGUAGAGACGGUGUUUAGUGUUGAGUUUUGUACCAGAUAUGAUGUCCUUGAUGGCAUUAAAGUUUGGUCUUCUCUGA